AAGUAAGUUGACGGAAACCAAAUCUGCCUCCUGCGGCUCACACAUCUUGAUUCUCCUCUCGGGACUUUCUCAUGGGGGUUGUGACCAGAGUUUAUUAUUAGCACCUGUCUCAGCUCGCGCUCUCCUGUCGGCUCAUUUCUAUCCGUCUCUGAGUUUGAAUCCAUUUCUGCUUUCUUUUCCUUUCCUGUCAAGGCGGAAGUUUCUCUUUCGUUCCCAGGUUUGCUGUGCUGGAUGUAGUGGAGCUGCUGAAAAGGACACAGCUGGUACUUUUUAGACUUUUUUUCCCCCACUUCUUCUUCUUCACACCAUUAAUUUAAUCAUCUGACAUCUUUAGCCUCUCAUCUUUUUUGCUGCCGUAAAGCAACAUCCGUCCAUGAACCGCAUCUGCACACCAGCUUUUCCACAGCAGAUCUGCUUUUCCUAAAAAUGGGAAAGAAUGAGCUGCUUUCUCUGUUGAAGGGUUUUCUGGACUCUGUUUGCCUCUGUCUGGCUCGCAGCAGCAGUGAGUCUCUGAGCAGGGAUGAGUGGGACGCCAAAAACGGUCACCUGAUCUACAGAAGCGGAGAUGUCCUGGAGGACAGAUAUGAAAUAAUCAACACUUUGGGUGAGGGGACCUUCGGGAAAGUGGUGCAGUGUUUGGACCACGGCAGAGGAGGACGUCAAAUUGCCUUGAAGAUCAUAAAGAACCAAGAAAAAUACAGAAAUACUGCCAAACUGGAAAUCAAUGUGUUGGAGAAAAUCAGUGAAAAAGACCCACUCCAUAAAUACCACUGUGUACAGAUGCUGGAAUGGUUCAACUACAACGGCCACAUCUGCAUCUCCUUUCAGCUGCUGUCUCUCAGCACUUUUGACUUCUUGAAAUCAAACAACUUCCUGCCUUAUCCACUUCAGCAAAUCCGACUCAUGGCAGGCCAGAUCUGCCGUGCUGUGAGCUUUCUCCAUGACAACAAGCUAACUCACACCGACCUGAAGCCUGAGAACAUCCUGUUUGUCAACUCCAACUACUCCCUUGUAUACAACGCAGAGAAGAAGUGCAACGAAAAGAGAAUCAAUGACACUACAGUAAGGCUGAUUGACUUUGGCACGGCCACCUUUGACUAUGAACACCACUCGGUUGUUAUCUCGACGCGUCACUAUCGGGCGCCGGAGGUCAUACUGGAAUUGGGAUGGAGUCACCCAUGUGAUGUGUGGAGCAUUGGCUGCAUCCUCUUCGAGUACUAUGAAGGCUUCACCCUGUUCCAGACUCACGACAAUAAGGAGCAUCUGGCCAUGAUGGAGAGAACACACGGGCCACUUCCUCAAAGAAUGAUCCAGAGCAGCAGAAAGCAAAAGUAUUUCUGUUCUGGUCAUCUAGACUGGAAUGAGAGCUCUAAAGCUGGACGCUUUGUUAAAUCCAAGUGCAAACCACUGAGGUAUUUAUUAUCUCAUGGAAGGGAGCAUCACCAUUUCUUUGACCUCAUGGAGAGGAUGCUGGAGUACGAGCCUUCAAAGCGCAUCUCUCUUCAUUCUGCUCUGGAGCAUCCCUUCUUCCUGCCUUUGAAUCACUCAGGAAAAUCUCAGGUGUGAAGGAACCGCUGGGACACCAGUAGAGGACCUUUGGGUUGAGUACGGACGGAUACGAUGACCACAACGUGUCAUGACAAACUCCUGCUUAACCAAACAUGGGAAUUCAUUUCACAUGGCAAAUACUGUGACUGGUAACAAAAAAACGGGGAAUAAACAGCCCUAAAGGUCUUAAUUCUAAAAUAAAAUCAAGAACUGAGAAAAAUAAGUGAAAUUCUGUCACAUUUUUUAGAUUUUCUGCAAACAUUUAGUCCAAAGCAAUGGAAAGAAAUGUAUUUACUCUCCAUGUUUGAGUUAUUUUGUUCCAUGCUGCGUCAUGUGUCUUGAUCUUUUUUUUUUUUUACAGUUUUACUGUACAAAAACAAAAUUACAAAUGAAUAUGACAUUAUUAAAUUCAAGGAGGUCUCUCUGUCAAUAACACAGUUUGUAAAUCAUCAUCCAUCAAUACUAAAUAUUGUAGUAAACUCUUAAAGCUAACUACCUGGAGCCGGACACAAAAACUCAGGGAUUGUUGUUUCGGUGUGGAAACCUCAACCUUGACAGAAAACAGUUUUAUAAGUCUUAACAAUACAUAUGCAAAUAGGUGCCUUAUUUGAGUAUUUCUAUGCUUUUUGUUGUCAGUUUUGCAUUAACUGUGAUGUAAUAAAUUCACUUUAUCAAA